AUGAGCAGCGAGAACGGGCGACGGUUGAGCAAGCGCCUCGCUGGUAAGUGGAUGGAUGACGCUGUUGGAGGCAUUCGAGAGGGACGACGCGCUGACGCUGGACCAGCAUCUGCGGCGACAGAUUAUGAGCACGAUGACGACUUCGCAUUUGUGCGAAAAGCCAAGAGGCCCAAGACGGAUAAGGCGGAUGAACCAGAACCGGAGGUCAAGCCAGCGCCAGUGAAGAAAACUGCAAAGGGACGAACAACAAAACAACGCGCUGCUAAGGCACCAACGAUAAAUGGAACGAUUGUGGAAGAGGAGUCUGUUGAGAAUGAAACGAUAGCAACGACGAAACCUACGACGAGGAAGAGCGGUAGACGAAAGGCGAGUGUGGACGCGUCAGAAGAACCAAAAACACAGGCCCCUAAAAAACAGCCGACUAGGAGGAGCACGCGCAGAUCGGGGGAGAAAUUGGAAGAUGAAGGCCCUCAACCCGCUCCAGCGCCAGAGGCAGUAUCAGCACCAGAGCCAGAGCCUGAACCCCAACCAGAAACAGCACCAGAAGAAGCACCAGUUCCCCGUGUCAAUGGAGCAUCUAAGAAACGUGGGAACCGCGCGAAAUCCCUUGCUCGACCGCCUCCGGACUGGGACAAGUCACCUCCCCGUGCAGUACCUGUGGAAUCGGCGACAAUUGCUCUGCCUAUGAGCGAUACACCUAUCAUUAACAGAAACAAAGAGAUGCGAAAGAAGGGCAACGGUAACAGACGGAGCAGCUUGGGCAACCGUGGACGACGAGCUAGCUCUUUGAUCGAGAGCGGCCAAACAGCAAUACCCCACCGAGAGGUCAAUCCAGCAGAGUUUUAUAAGCAUAUCGAGGCCGAAGGCUUGACAGAACCUCGACGCAUGAAACAACUAUUGACCUGGUGUGGAGAGCGCGCUCUAGCAGGGAAGCCUCGUCAUGGCACACCAAAUUCUAAUGCCAUUUUGGGUGCUCGUGCCAUUCAAGACCAGCUGCUGAAAGAUUUUGCGGCUCGAUCAGAAUUUUCGGACUGGUUCAGUAGGGAAGAUGAUACACCUAAAGCCCCCGUGGUGUUGAAACCCAAUCCGAGAAACAUGGAGCUUGAUGAAAAACUAGCCCAAUUAGAAAUCAACGUCAAAAGACUACAAGACGAAAAGAAGGCGUGGCAAGCAAUACGAAAACCUCCACCAGAACAACCAUCCCUCUUCUCCGAGGACGAGACUGGGCCUAUCGUUUUGCCAGACUUCGAUCUUCUGGACCCAGACGAAGGCAAGAUCAGAGGGGUUUUGGCAGAUGAGAAGGCAUGCUUUAACACUGUUCGGUCGCAAACAGAAUCAAGAUUACGAACCAUUCAAUCGUCGCUCGAGUUCCAAGUUGAUCAACUCGCCGACAACAUCCACAAAAUCGAGCAGCGGGUUCUGGUCGCAGGAAAGGAAGCGGAUAAGGUUCUCAGUAUCAGCGCUCUACGUCUUCGGCAGCGCGAGGAGCGGGAGAGAGCGAGUGCAGGGACAAAGGAAAUGCCAGUGAUUGAGGUUCUAAGAAGCCUAGGGAAUAUUCUACCGGAAGGAGGUGGGUGA